AUGGGUCAGCAAACUUCCACCAUUGUGGUUAAAGCACCACGUCCAAGUGCAUCAAGAAUUGUAAAUCAUCACCAUCACCAUCAUCUUCCCCAAGGAUUAUCAAGUCAAAUGGAUGUAAACAAUACAAAAAUUGGUACAGCCGAAAAAUUGGGUAAUGGUCUCUUUUCCACACUGGAUCUAAAUCCUGGGGAUCCUAUAAUUAUUAUUCACAAACCCCUUUUGUUGAUUGCCGAGAACCAGGCACUACAUCGAGUAUGCGCCAAUUGUUUUAUUGAAGGAGGAGAAGGAAUCGACCUUGAGCCUUGUUCGAGUUGUGGUGUUGUCAGAUUCUGUUCUAAUGCUUGUGAGAAGUCAUCGUUAAGAUCAGAAGGAUCACACAAAUCAGAGUGUGCAUUUUUAAAGUCACAAAAGCCAUUGGAGCACUCUCGAGCUCAAAUUAGUGCUCAAGCAACAACAAAUACUGCUUGUGGAUAUUCAAAAUGUCAGUCGAGAAAAACAACCAUAAGUUGUAUUGGCUGCAAGGCACUCAAUUACUGCGACAAGAAAUGCGAAGAUAAGGACCGCUCGUUCCAUGAGCAACAAUGCAAGGAUAUCCAGUCGCAAAAUCUUGGUUUUACUUUGAACAAGAUACUUCCUACAGCUGUGCGCGCCACGAUCCAAUUGAUUAGCCAUCCAAAAACCCUUGCAAAAGACUCGGCAUUUAUGGAGCUAUCAUCCCAAGAAGAUGAGCUUAGGAAGAGCCAGUCAAAGUGGGAUGACAUUUUGCUACAGGCACAUGCCGUAACAAGCCUUCUCAAAUGGAAGCCAGAAUACGUCAAGUAUGCUCUGGAAUCUCUCUGUCGGCUCUCCACCAAUGCGUUUCGCGUCGAGUCUAAUAUCGGCAAUGGCCCAAUUGGACUUUGCCUCGAUCCCCUAUUAGCACGCGCUAACCACCGUUGUCAUCCAAACGCAGCCAUAACAUUCGAUGGAAAGCGUUGCACCCUCCGAGCCCUGUCUCCCAUCGUCAAGGGAGAACAAAUCUUCAUUUCCUAUAUUGACGAAACACAACGACAAGAAGUCCGUCAAGCGACAUUAGCAGAGACUUGGUAUUUCAAAUGCCGCUGUGCUCGUUGUACCAUUUUUCGGAGUAUAUAUGACGAGUUUAUGCGUUAUCCCACCAUCUCAACCCCUAAAUUUGACAAGCUCGUCCCAUAUCAAGCAACUUAUAACUUCGCAAAGGCUCGAGUAACCGAAGAAGAUCCAAGCACUGUCACCCGGCUCUUCUCCUUACUCCAUGUCCUGCGCCAUAUCGAGGCCACGAUUAAAAACGCCCAUAAAACCCACCAGAAUAUCGACCGACGUCUCGAUUUUCUGAUGAAGGCAAUUGGAAAUCUAAACGAUUUCAUCCUCUUGCAGCGUUAUGCGCAACAACCUCUACCCAUGGUUCUCACUGAGAUGUAUCUUAUUUAUCUCGACAAAGCAGAGUAUAUCUCCGCUCUUAUCAUCCUCAUGUACUUGAUCCGUCACGCAGAUCCAAUCAAUCACCCAAGUCCAUAUCAUCCCCAACGAGUAACACGGCUCCUAGCACUCCAACGCCUGCUCAAAUUUCUAGCAAGCUAUGAUCCGGAUAUUCUCAGGAGAUUUGCGAUACAACACGGCAUCCCAAUCGCGGUCCUGUUUGAAAUGGAUUGGGUAAGCGCGUGUCAGAUGGUGUUGUAUGUCCUGAGAGAAGUGGGCAAUAAGUGUUGGGGGGAAGAUAGUGCGGUGAUGAGGGGGCUGGAGCUGGAUAUUAGGGAUGUGGAGGACAUUCAGUGUAAGAGAGAGGAUGGAAAGGUGGGGGCAGCGUUGAGAGAUUGGGGAAGGGGGAAAAAUGGCACAGGAGUUGUUUAUGUGGAGAGAUUGGGGGUAGGAUUGAGGAAUUUGGCGGGCUGGGUGUGGAAUGUGGUGGGGGUUGCGAGGGACGGUGCUAUGGCUGGUACUGCGUGA